AUGGCAGAAUUCUCCGCCAACAACCAGAUCUCCGCAUCCACUAAAGCUACACCACUCUUCGCGAACUAUGGAUUCCACCCCCGUUUCACAGUGACGAUUAAAUCGCUCGACAGAACCCCACCGAGUCUCAAUGCUAAAGACUUCACCUCGAAGAUGAAAGAACUUCAUGAGUACCUACGUUCCAACAUCCGCACGGCGCAAGAUCAGUAA